GCUCUCUGUUGCAGUUUUGUAUGAGCUAGCUGUGGGAUGAUUGAGGGGUGUCUUUUCAGUGCUCAUUUAAAUAGUCACCAGUACAAUGAGCACAGUGUUACAAUCUCCAGCAGUUCCAGGCACAUUAUUGUGUGUUAGAAAAAAGGUUGCAUUGGCUAGAGAAAGAUAAGUGUCUGAACAGUUAUCUUGCUAUAAUUUGGCAGUUGAUGUAGCUGAUAAAUAACUGUGCUGAUUACACAGUGGUGUUUUACUUGAGAGUUUAUAUGUGUAUUGGUCUGUAACAAAAUAGAUAUUCACGCAGAUCUUGUCCAUUCUUGGUUUUAUUUUAAACUGAAUGGCCACUCCCCAGUUGAUUCACAGUGUGAUGAAAAAGGAAAUACUGAUUCAUUUCCUGUUCAGGUGUAGCAUCACUUUGGCACAGCCUCUCAGGCUGUAAAACCAGCUUGGCUCAAGGGCGAUACACCUGGAGACAUAAUCAAGUGUUGAAUGUUUAGCAGCAGCUAUUGAAAGUAAGCGUUUAUAUGUAAACUCAAUGAAGGAGAAUAAGAAACGAAGGGAUUUUGUUUGUUUGUGAGGGUGAAAAAGGCAGGAAGAAAGUCAAGCAGGAUGCAUGCCAGCCAAACGCACUGAGAUUGGCAAAGUAAAGUAGAUUUAGGGAAUCAGCUCAUAGUUCCUGAGGAGAUAGUCAGCACUAAUCUCAGAUCAGACCUUGUGUUGCUGUCAGAAGCACAGCAGACUGUGUAUUUUGUUGACCUUACAGUUUCCUGGGAGGGUGCUGUGGAUAUAGCUUAUGAGAGGAAGAAACUAAAAUACACAGAAUUGGCCAUUGAGGCAGAGCUGGAAAGUUAAUGUCUGCCCUGUGAAAGUUGGUUAUGGGGGAUUUUUAGACAAGUCACCUGUCUCUCUGCUAGGUGAGUUAGGUUUAGAAGGGCAGAGCCUAAGACAGGUUAUUAGGAAUCUGGCUGAUAACACAGCAAGGUCCAGUAAGUGAUUCUGGAGCAGAAGAAAGGUGUGUGAAUGAGGCAGAAAUAGCCGUCUUGAGGCCUAAUUCCUGGUGUUAGCAUGAGCAAACUAACAUAGUGGAUGUUUGACUGGUUUGUUGGAAUGAAUACUAACACAGAGUGGUUUCUGAAGUCUGGCUAGUUAUCCAGUGAGCUAUUUGAAAUGCUCUCCAGUGGAAAUCCCAUCUAUGACAAAUACUAUCGACAGGUCGAUCCGACUGGCAGUGGGUGGGUGGCAGCAGCUGAUGCAGCUCUGUUCCUAAAGAGGUCAGGGUUGGCUGACCUGGUCCUAGGGAAGAUCUGGGAUUUGGCAGACUCUGAACGAAAGGGUUCUCUCAACAAACAGCAAUUCUUCAUAGCCUUGCGGUUGGUAGCUUGUGCUCAAAAUGGCGUUGAGGUGGCAGUCAAGAGCCUGAAUGUGGCUGUUCCUCCCCCCAAAUUUCAUGACACAAGCAGCCCGCUGUUAGCAGGAGGCGUGACUGUUGACAUACCCUGGGUUGUCAAGCCUGAGGAGAAGAUGAAGUUUGACGCCAUCUUUGACAGUCUGGGGCCAGUAGGAGGGAUGCUAACGGGAGACAAGGUCAAGCCUGUCCUGCUCAACUCCAAGCUGCCAGUGGACAUCCUGGGCAGGGUGUGGGAGCUCAGUGACCUCGACAGAGACGGCAUGUUGGACAAGGAUGAGUUUUCUGUGGCAAUGUAUCUGGUGUACAGAGCUCUCGAGGGGGAACCUGUUCCCAUGUCCCUGCCCCCUCCCUUGGUUCCAGCCUCUAAGAGGAAAAAACCCUCAGUUCCUCCUGUGAUGCCCCUGUUGCCCUCACCCCCCUCUGUCAAAGACAGCCGCUCCACCCACACUGGCUCUAAGGCCUUGCCGCACCCUCCAAAACCCACCCCAGCUCCUGUCACAGCACCACCAGCUGCCCCUUGGGUGGUGUCACCAGCAGACAAAGCCAGGUAUGAUGAAUUGUUCAACAAGACGGAUGGAGACCUGGAUGGGCUGGUGUCUGGAGCUGAAGUCAGAGACAUUUUCCUUAAGACCGGGCUGCCUUCUGCCACACUAGCACGCAUCUGGGAGCUCUGUGACAUUGGAGACAUUGGGAAACUGACCCGAGACCAGUUUGCCCUGGCUCUUCAUCUAAUCAAUCAGAAGCUGGCUAAAGGCCUGGACCCUCCACAGAGCCUCUCCCCAGAGAUGAUCCCUCCAUCUGACAGACAAAACAUCAAACUGAACAGUGCGGCCAACCUGGCCGCCGACUUCUCUGCCAUCAAGGAGCUGGACUCACUCAGUAACGAGAUAGUCGAACUUCAAAGAGAGAAGAGCUCUGUGGAAGAUGAGAUCAAGGAGAAGGAGGAGGCCAUCAGACAGCGCAGCAACGAAGUGCAGGACUUGCAAGAUGAGGUAGCGAGAGAGAGCGAAGAGCUACAACGGCUUCAGGCUCAGCGGGUUAAGGUCCAGGAGGCUUUGGAGGAGUUAGACCAACAGAAGAGCUCCCUGGAGGAGCAGCUGGCUCAUAUUCGACAGCAGACUAGCCAAGAGACCCAACUGAUCUCGUCACUGCAGUCGGAGCAUGAGGAGCAGGAGCAGAGAAUAUGUCAGUAUGAAGAGGAGCUGGUCCAGGCCAGAGAAGAGCUCCUCGCUCUGCAGGAGGAGAGCAGGAGGCUGCAGGAGAAGGUCCAGGCUGCUCAGGAGCAGCUCACACCCCUGCAGGACUCUGUGCGAGACUCCUUUGCACAAGUUGCACAGGUUCAGCAAAAACUGAAUGACCUUCAGAUAGAGGAAAGGUCAGUGACUGCCCAGCUCAGCUGGAAGAGAGCCCUCGAGGACAGCUCUCCUGUUAUGGUCAAUGGAUCAGCAGCUCACACAACAGAUCUGCACCAAGAGGACCCCUUCCAGGAAGACCAGACUUCAGAGCUCAAGGAGGAACAACCCACAGCUAUCUGCAGUCUUCAGAAAGAACAAUUGGAUCAAAAAGAGAAAGGAGUGACUGAGAUGGAAGAGGAACAUGAGAAGGAGGAUGAGAUUCCAAACACAAUAGAGGAGGAAAAGCUGAAAUCUGAUGCCUUGGAUGAUCUCUUUACUAGUCUGGCCUCUUCUGACAUGUACAAUAAUCUGUCGAACCUCACCAAGCCACAGGAGAACACUGUUAGGGAAUACAGUAGCCCUGCUCCUGAUGCCUCCUUAGUAAUUGCAGAAGACACAGAGGAACUGCCUGAAGAGAGCCCACCAAAGGUUGAAUCACCAGAGUCAGAGAAUAAACAGGAGCCAGCAGAGUCCCCAGAAACUACCGCCUCCUCAUUACCACUGCAAGUCGGGCCUCUCUCCUUGCCGCCGCAGACCAGCCCUCCCUCUCUGCAUGAGAUGGACUUCUUCCAUUCAGACCCGUUCACCCACCAUGAUCCAUUCAAAGACGACCCGUUUGGAAAAGCAGAUGCUGCAGCAGAUCCAUUUGGAGGAGAUCCAUUCAAAGGAACUGACCCCUUUGCUGUAGACUCUUUCUUCACACAGACCUCAAGCGCCCCCUUUUCCUCAGAUGAUCCUUUCUCUGCCUCAGCUGACCCAUUUGGUACCACUCCAGGCAUGCCAGAACCAGACCUGUUUGCAGCCAAGCUGAACGACGCAGCAGCUGCACCAGCAGCAGGUCCAGAUCCCUUCACCUCAAAACCAACCAAUCCAGCUUUAGCAACCAAGGAUCCAUUCAACUCCACGAGGAAUAACAUGGCUGAGUCUGAUCCAUUCGGAGGUAAAGUGAACGCCAUGCCAGAGACAGAUCCUUUUGGUUCUCAGGAUGGAGGAACAGAUCCUUUUAGCUGGUCCCCACCGAGCUCUGAUCUGGCAGUGAAAGAUACUGCAGCAGCCAAUGAUCCGUUUGCUCCAGGUGGUACGACAGUGAGUGCCAGCUCAGAUCCAGAUCCGUUUGCCGCUGUGUUUGGUAAUGAAUCAUUUGAAGGGGGCUUCGCAGAUUUCAGUGCCUUGUCAAAGCCAAGCAGUGCUGACCAGUUUGGCAUCAACAAUAAGAACCUGUUCCAGGAGGACACUCCGCCUGCCAAUGCUGACAUACCCCCAGCCUUGCCCCCAAAAACUGGUACGCCGACUAGACCCCCUCCUCCUCCUCCAGUUAAGAGAUCGUCCAUCACCAAAACAGAGUCCUCUGACUCCUCCCAUCGACGAGGACACUUGCUCCCACAUCCUCCAGGAGACUUCUCCUCCUCUUCCUCCUCCACUUCCCUGCCUGCCAAGGAUCCUUUAGCUGACCCCUUCGCCCCCUCCUCCCCUCCUCGUCACAACAUACGGGCAGCUGACCGAUUUGCCAGCUUUGACAAAUACCCAACAGAGGAGGACAUGAUAGAGUGGGCAAAGCGCGAGAGUGAGCGAGAAGAAAAGGAGCGACUUGCCAGGCUCACCCAACAGGAACAAGAGGACCUGGAGCUGGCCAUCGCUCUCAGCAAGUCUGAACUGUCUUGAGGAGUUUGUUGUCCACCUCCCUCCCCUCCUCCGCUGGCUCGGCUCAGCCCGGCCCAGAAAGCACCAAAGCAAAGUGGGGACUGAUGGAGCAGCACCUGCUGACCCCAUGAAGAGACUUUCUUAGAAUAAACCCUUCUCCCCCAGACUGUUCAGCGUUCUCCCGUCCUAUUGGCCACUGUGGUUUUGUUUAAGGAAGAGGAGCAAGUUGGAGUAUUUAUCCUCAAGAAUGAGAUGCAGAGAUUGUCACGCGUGUUGAUUUCAACACCAGGCUACAAACCCCACGUUAACUCUUCCCAAUGUAAUUUAUUUAAAACUAGAUUGAACUGGCUUUAUCCACUAAGCAGAGUCACUUCCCUUUAUUAAGUCUCCACUCUCUCACCUCUAAAUUUAUAUUGACUGUAUAAUCAGUCAGUUCUAAGCAUUAAUCUUGUGGAGCCUAAAAAUGCCCCGAUGAAGCUCUGACACUGUGAAUGUGAGGGUUUGGAGGCGCUGGAACAAAAUCCAGAUGUCUUUUCAAAUGGCAGGGAGCCUGUGAGAUUUUCUUUAUUUCAUUGAACAUUUCUACAUGUUUAACUGGAAGUCACCAGUCCUCUAUGUGAUGUGCAUGUGCAACUUUAUACUAAAAUGGAACAAAUUCACACAGCUACUACAUUCAGCCUCUAGAUACUUCAGGUUCUUUUAAAUAUCAGCUUGUUGCUUUGCCCAGCAGCUGUUCUGUUCUGUUCUGUGUUAGAAAGUGCAUCUUUGGGAGAUACUGAAAGGAAUAAACUACAUCAGUUUAAUAUGUAAUAACUACACAUUAAUUUGCAUUUAUUUUCAGGGCACACUACAGCAGGUUGCAGAAAACUUUUUUUUUUGGGACAAUUUCUCCCUUUUAUUUAAAGUGUUAAUACAAGAAAGCAAUACAUGUCAAAGUCAUCUUGAGAUUGUGUUUAAGUGAAUUACACAGAGUUCUUGUAAUGAUCCAGAGUAAAGACAAAACAAAGCCAAUACAUAAAUAUAAAUGUAUCAAUUCACAAGCAUCCACAAAUAGGAGGAAGUUUCUCCUUUCUUUAAAAAACGAAAUAAAAUAAUUAAAUCCUAAACUCAGUUUGCUCCAAUACAAAUUAAUGUUGCUCAUUCAGAACCAAAAUAUGAACUGAGAUGUGACCAUUCUAUAUGAAAGUCAUAAAGUUCCAAAUGGCACAUUUGACAGCCUUUUGCUAAGGAAACAUCAUUUAUCAUACAGGUGGAUGGUAAGCUCGACCUGGACGACAAAUAUUAAAUAUCCUGGGUUUAAAUAGUGCAGCUCUGAAUUAUUUCAUUGUGCAAAUGUUGAUGUUUAUUUAGUAUGAAACAUUGGUUGUUUACUAAACAAAAAACAAAAAAAGUGGCUGCAGUACUGGUGAGUUUGGGCAUUAGCAGUUUAACUGAAACUGGUUUGUCAUAGAUGACUGUACAGUUUGUGUGUAGAACAGAUAUUAUGUUCACAUUAAAUAAAUAGUAUUAAUGCUCUCGUUAACUCAGAUUGAUCUACAGAAAGAACCUCACUGUCCCGACUGGGAGGCCAGAGGUUGGGGUCAGACACAGGCCAGUCUUCCUAAAGCGGUAUCUUAACUACAAUAGCAUGGAUUCUGGUUAGCUAACGAUUUCUAAUGAAGCAAGUGUAUAAAAACCUCUUGAAGGAGUCAGUGUCCACAUCGGGUCCCUGUUGUCGCUGAUGUUGCUUUUUUUGUUUAGCAUUUGUACGGACUUGCUUUCAGUUUUUCAGGGGAGGCCUCUCUGAGAGGCGAACCAGAUUUCUUACAUUUAGUCAGUUAAAGCUGCCUCUGCUGUUUAGGUGAAGCACAUUGUCUUCUGUCUGUGCACUCGAGUCUCUGUGGGUAUUUAACUUGCAAAAAGCCCGAUGGUGUCAGGACAACGGCUCUUGUUUCUAGCGCCUGUACAGCAGUUGACUGGCCAGUGAUUCUUCUUCUUGGGUGCUGAACUUCUUGAGUGCUAAUCUGUGAUGGACAAGGGACGACUUGAUCAAAGUGUGGGACACCUUUGUUUUCAUUUUCUUUGCUAAUUUCUGACCAAACAAUGCACAACACUUUGGAUACCUCUUCCUAGUGAGCAGCGUCAUGUCCUUCUCUCAUGUGUCAUCAGUUUACUGUCUGUGGUUG